AUGGCGCCCUGGGGGUCAAGAGUUGCUGCUGGCGAUGUAGAUUGGCAGCUUAAACGGUACCUUAGACCUUGCAGCUCUGCUAACCUCUGCAGCAAAGCCCGCCGCACAGGCGGCGGGUCAGCAGUAUCUUCGGCAUCUUCACAGGCUGCUGCCGCAGCUGUUGCUUCCAGCAGCACCAGUAAAUCCGUCGGGAUAACAGCCUGCGGACAGCCAGUGCCAAGCCCCGCUGCUGGUGGAACCUUUCAGCAGGCGAAGGCAACGAGCAGCAGAGCUGCAGCGGAAGUCCCAGCAACAGCGGGGUCCGCAACAGUAGGGAACGCAGGCUGUGUAGAGUGUGCCCCAGAAGGGCGCGUUGGUGAAGGGAAACCAAAUCAUUCAGCUGGAGGUCCUGAUGCGGCUCCUGGUACUGCUGCUGCAUCUUCUGCUGGUUCGAGAAGUGCUGAUGUUGUCCUUAAUACAAGGCGAUGGGCAGAUCUGCCCGACCCGUUGGUGCUGCAAGUGCUUGACUUCGGCGGGAGGGAGAUUGCAAUGACGUGUCGUCGCUUUGCUGGCCUCAUACGCCGCCAAAGGCGGGUACUGCGUUUCUCUGGGGAAGCUUCGACAGCUUCCUCUGCAGAGGCGCUCAUACGGGCGAUAAUGAGCUCGCCGAGUCUGCGUCUGCUGGAGAUUACUGCUGGGGGUGGCUUGAGUGCCUCUCAAAUGGACCGGCUUUCCAGAGCUCGCAGCAGUGCCUUGCCUCAGAAGCUCCAGGUCUUGGUGAUGCGUCGGUGCAACAGACUUACUGACAAGAGCCUCAGGACACUUCUUCUCAGACUGCGCGACCUUCGGUGUGUAGAUCUUCGUGAUUCGUUCUCACUGACAGAUGAAGCGCUUUUAACACUAGGUUUCCUUCCUCGGCUAGAACGAGUGGCAUUGGGGCUAACAGCUGGCGCCCGCGGGUGCUGCCGGCUGACCUGCCGUUCCCUCAAGGCCCUCUUGACACCACAGAGGCAAGAAUACCAGCAACAGAAGCAGCAGCAGCAGCGGCAACAGCUUCCCCAGCAGCCAGGGCAAGCGCAAAUGCUAAAACCUUUCGUGGAGCAGGCAGAAGACGUCUGCAUAUCCCCCAUUAAGUUUUUGUCUCUCUCCCGUUGUAGCGAAAUGAAGGACUUCACUGUACUGGCCAACGCAAAAGCUACACUAGAAUUUCUUGAUCUACGGGGGACGGCAAUUGACGACUCCUCAGCUCGCGUUUUCGCUGAGUUACACAAUCUGCAAGUGCUUGUCCUAGCAGACACUGCAGUAACAACGGCAACCGUGUCAGUUGUUGUGGACGGCUGCCCAAAGUUACAGAUGCUGGAUCUUUCAUGCACGGGGCCGGUAUCUCGAGACUGCCUUUUUCGCCUCGCACUUUCGCUGCCGUCAAUUUCCCGCCUCAAGCUCAGCCACACGGCAGCGAUUGAUGAUAACCUGCUGGCGCACCUGUUGGCUGAACUGCCUCUCCUUCGUUUUCUUGACGUCUCGCAUUGCUGGAGAGUCACCUCAGCCUUCUGCGACGCUCACUUCACGGUCGCUUCAGAGAGACAAAAGGUUGAGGAGGCCCUCAUGCUUGCAGGCGCCACCAACGCCCGCCUGUCACUUCACAGUGAGAUGGCUUUGUUUGAAAUGCCCCGGGUGUAUGCAACAAUGAAAGGCCUUGACCUUUAA